CUCUGUUGAGAAAUUCAUCGAAAUCGUCCGGAUCGCAGAAGGCUUGUCAAAAAGGCUAUUUGUUUUUUGGAUUUUCGUGUGAGUGAAAUUUUCGAGGGAAAAAUUGAGUAAAUUGUAAAAAAAUAUCCAAUAAAACAUGUCUAAGACGAUAGACUUAAAUAGUAGUGAUUGUCAAGUAAUAGAAGAGCAUGUAUCUAUUGUAAAUUUGGACACAACAGAGGAAGAACUGGCUGUUCCAGAGGAGGAUGCAGAGAAGCCCAUAGAGCCGUUCCUGCACAUGGAAUUUCAGGAUGAAAAUGCAUGUAAAUGUCUCCUGGAGAAGAUUAGACGGAGUGUAGAGUCUUUUCUCAAGACAAAGGACAAAAAAGUCCGUGUGGUAGUUGAUGAAUCGGGACAGAAAGCUGAUAUUUUCGCUGAGGAAGCGUCAGAAGCUGGAUCCAUCUUCAUGGUGGACAACAAGCCGUCAAUUAGGCUGAAAACCAACGAAGUGCCUACCUACCUGCCCAGCGAGCGGUCCACUCUGCACAAUGGUGAGCUACCUGGGAAUAAGGUAACGUUCAAGAAGACUCCAAUGUGCUACAAUUGUAGCGGCAGCCACUCCCUCAUUGAAUGCACCCAGCCCAGGAAUCCAGAUCGCAUCCGGAGAGCCAGAAUGCAGAAUGCAAAUUCCAAACUCGAGCGCUAUCACACAGACAUUGAGCAGAAAUUUGCUCACAUCAAACCCGGACGCUUUAGUGAAAAUCUCCGGAAAGCUCUGGGGCUCCAUCGGAAAAAUCUUCCUGUAUUUGUUUAUCGAAUGAGACUACUGGGAUACCCACCUGGAUGGCUCGAAGAAGCCAAGAUCUCACACUCUGGGCUCAAUCUGUUUGAUUCCGAGGGACGCAGUGUACGUCCAGACACUCUGGAGGACGGAGAAGUGCACGAGUUGCGUGCUCAGUACAAUCCAGAGCGAAUAAUUGACUUUCCGGGCUUCAAUGUUGACCCACCCAAAGGCUCAGUGGACGAAGCCCAGCUCUAUGGAGUGCCUCCCAUGAUGGAGUACCAUCGGAAGGAGGUGAUGUUCAAGAUGUUUGGGCUUGAGGAAUCGCAGCCGGGGUACAAGAGGAAAAAACUCGGCGAAUUGGAAGCAUCAUCGCCCAAUGGGGAUGCUAAUACUGAAUCCCAGGACAUGGAUAUUGCAGACAAUGAUGAGUCUGAGACUUCUCCUGAACAACAUUUUGCCCUCAGUACAAAUGAAGAGAGUAGUCAGAGUUCAAAGACCGAUCAAGAAGCCAGUCAGGAGAGUGAAAAUGGUAGAACUUCUCCGUCCUUGGAUGAGCUCCAAGCUGCCCAGGAGCGUCUUCUGGAGGAGCUGAAUUCCAACAGUAGUUCCGGAGAGUCCUCCAGGAGUGGCAAGGAAAGACCAAGGACACCUGAGAAUCGUGGAAAGUCGCUCUCGACGAUGCCUGGCACGCCAAUUCUCGUGCCAUUCUCUCCGUACUCCCGUCUCCCGGACGGUGACAGAUGGGCCAAAGGUGUGAGUGGAGUGAUUGACUUUGAGAAUUUGCCCGAUAGCACCGGCAAGUAUGAGAAGAUGAAGGGUGUUUUAGAGAAAGUGCGUGAAACUGUGUGCAAGAUUCACAAAGAGUGAGAAGUGAGAAUGCUGUAGAGGUAUUAAUACUUUUUUAUUUAAAUUGCGUUUCUAUACAUUUUUUUUUCUGCGUGUAUUGUAAAAUACGAGCCAUUUUAUGGGACAAAAUAAAACACUGAGAGAUAUUGUUUUCUCAAAGAAAAGAAAAGAAAAAUAAAAUAAAA